UAAUUUUUCAAUGGAUACACUUGAAAAUAAAGUGAUGUGUAUUGAUGUUGAAAAUCGUCCAGGAUAUCCAUUGCAUGAACAAUUAGGACAUAAUACAAUAAUUAAUGAAGAUGUAAAAGAAAUAAACGGUGCCAGUAGUGUUGUUGCACGCUCAUUCCUUAUGCAUAGUCCAACUAGAAGACGUGAUUUACCUCAGAAAUUUGCAGUUUCAUAUAUGAAAAUGACUAUAGGACAAUAUUUUACAACAACUAUUCGAAAGCAUCAUAGAUGCGUGGAAAUGGCUAUGAAUAAUGCUGAUAUGUUGAAAGCAAUGCAUCAUAUUGAUCAGUGUAUAAAAUUAGCGCCAAACAAUGCCCAAUUUCAUAUUGAACGCGCGGAAAUUUAUGCUAAGCUUCAAGACUACCAACGUGCUAUAAGUGAUCUUCACAUAGCCCUAUCCUUAGGAUCAAAGUCGUUAGAAACAAACGCAGUCGAUCAGCAUGUAGCCGUCAACACUGGUUUAGGGUCUUCAGCUGACGCUUCCCCUUCAUGUGUUUCACCGUCUUCGAUGUCAACCAACAUGAAUCGUACAGAAUAUCAAGACGCCUUAUUGAAAACUGGUCAACUGCAUAUUGUUUAUGGUAAAUACUUAUACAAAACAGAAAAGUAUGAUGAAGCUUUGAAACAAUAUGAAAUAGGCAGAGAUUUUAUUGAUCAAUAUGCUGAAAUGAAUAAUUCAAUCACCGGGGAAUCUGUUACACCCGGAGUAUUAGUCACACUGAUGGAUGUAUUAAAGGUGUACGAAUCAAUGCAAAAUGAUAAUGAUAGUAUUGAUUUAUUGACAAAAUGUAUAAAUUAUUUAGAGAAGAAAACUAUUUUCGUUUCAGAAGAAAUAUUAAAAGAGAAUACUAUUCAGACAACGAGAUUGCAUUUACCACAAAUAUCAGACCUGUUGUACACUAAAGCUAAAAUCCUAUUCAAACAAUCCGGUCAAUCAAUAACUCAAGCUUAUUAUAAUGUUAAACGAGCAAUACACCAUUGUCCAGUUCAUGAAGACAGUUUAAACUUGUUGAAACAGUUGGAGAGUUUAUCUUCAUGCAAACAAGAAGAAGCAGUUGCCUCAAUGUUAAGAAAUCGUUUCAUAGAUGCUUUACAACCAAUCAACACGGCUAUUUAUGCUCAACCAGAGAAUGUCUCAUUGUAUUUUGAUAAAGGAGCAAUAUUAAGGAAACUCAGUCGGUUAGACGAGUCGAUUGACUGUGUUCUACAAGGCAUAGAAUUAUUGGAUGGGAUAAGUAAUAAUAAUGAUAAUAAUAAUAAUCAGAACAAAUCAUCCGAUAACUAUCAGUCAUUGUAUGUAUCAGGUAAAAAUCAAUUAUUUCUCACCAUCAGUUGUUAUGCAGUUCGAUUACUGACCAAAGGCGAAUAUCAUGAAUCCAGUGAAUUAAUCUGUCAACUUUUAAAAGUUGAUCCCAAUAAUUAUCGAUUAUUAAUGUUAUUCGGUGAUUGCCAGUAUCAAAUGAAUCGCCACGAAGAAGCGCUUAAGAUUAAUAGUAACAAUAAUAAUGAUGAUGAUGAUGUUAAUAAUAAAUCUUGUAAUGAUAAUAAUGGUUAUUCAUUCGAUACACAAAAGAAAUGGUUUACCGAUAUGCUUAAACGUAUGCCAGGUAAACUAGAUCACGCGACAGUGGUCGCCUAUGAAGUAGGCGUGUAUCGCGGGAAUGAAAAUGAAGUAUAUGAAGAGACAGCACAUCGAUUUCAUACACCGAUGACAUUGAAUUCACCAGUGCAUAAUUCAGUGAUUCCUUCAGAGGUAAAAUAA